AUGCAAUACCUCCUACUUUGUGCUGCCAUCCUCCUACCUGAGAGUCUUGCUUUUCCAGUACAACCUAAACCAGAAUCAUGGAACAACACAGACUCUGAGAAUGUAAAGGCAUAUCUUGAUACAUUCUUUCCACUUCUUACAAAAACAAGCCUAAGCUUAGAAGAGAGGAUUAAAGAAAUGCAGAGGUUUUUCCACCUGACUGUAACUGGAAAAUUAAAUGCAGAAACAGAAGAAACAAUGAAACAGCCCAGAUGUGGAGUCCCCGAUAUAGCAGAUUACAAAACAUUUCCUGGAACUCCAAGGUGGAAAAAGACACACCUGACUUACAAGAUUGUCAAUUAUACACCUGAUCUACCCCAAAAGAAAGUGGAUGAUGCAAUUAGAAGGGCUUUUGCAGUAUGGAGUGACGUAACUCCUCUGAAAUUCCAAAGAGUGUUCAACAGACAUGCAGACAUUGUGAUUGGAUUUGCACGACAUGAGCAUGGUGAUGGAUAUCCUUUUGACGGAAGAGGUAACACACUAGCUCAUGCAUUUGCACCUGGGGAAGGGCUUGGUGGAGAUGCUCAUUUUGACGAAGAUGAAAGGUGGUCGGAGUUCAGUCAAGAAGUUAAUUUGUUCCUUGUUGCUGCUCAUGAAUUUGGCCAUUCUUUGGGACUCGCUCACUCAAAUGUCCGUGGAGCUCUGAUGUACCCUAUCUACUCAUACAUGAACCCAGCAACCUUCAGACUUUCAGAGGACGACAGGAAAGGAAUUCAGAAGUUAUACGGGAAGAAGUCAUCAAACUCUUGA